UUAUAUCAGUUUCGUUUCACCAGAAUUAAAAAAAACGAUUCGGUUUUAUUUCCCUGCAUAAGUCACGUGAAACUCGCUGGUCAUGUGAUCAUGUGAUGUGAAAAUGGCAGCUUCGGGGGACGAGGCCGCGGCGAUGGAGAGCAUCAGUAAAGCAUCGGUUCCCCCGACCGACCUCAACCUCACCGCCGAGCCCGAGCACAAGAGAGAGGCGGCCACAAACGAUGCGACAGAGAACCAAAAAGCCAAAAGACCCAGUAAUAACAAUGACGGAGGAGUGGAGACAGCAGAGGAGGCCACUGAACCCGCUGAACCUGAUAUCAGUGAGCUCUGCAGAGACAUGUUUGACAAAAUGGCAGUUUUCUUACAGGGAGAGCUCACCGCAACCUGCGAGGACUACAAACUCCUGGAGAACAUGAACAAACUCACCAGUCUGAAGUACAUGGAGAUGAAGGACAUAUCCAUCAACAUCAGCCGCAAUCUACAAGAUCUCAAUCAGAAAUAUGCCAGUUUGCAGCCUUAUCUGGAUCAGAUUAACCAGAUCGAGGAGCAGGUUACAGCUCUGGAACAGGCUGCUUAUAAACUAGACACGUAUUCAAAGAAACUGGACCUUAUUUCAAGCAUUUAACUAAACACCC